UUUUAGAUUUAUAUCGGCAAUACCGACAGGCUGUACAGUUUACGUGUGACAUCUGGAUUACUAUCAUAUAUCGGUAACAUUUGCUUCCUACAGAAGAACAAGAAGUAACGAGAGGAAGAAGAGAGAAAAUACAUUUAUAAAAUGAUACAAAAGAGAAUUGAGCGAUUUCUCAGUGUGCUGUAUGCCUCCAGUAUAAUUACAUCGACGACAUCGAUGAUCUGCAUAGCCACUGUUUGGAAAUACUGGGCAUUGAUUUUGGAUGUUUGUUUUAGCGUCGAUUGCAGUUGUAUAUUAUACUCUAAAAACGCCUUCGGUAUUUUUGGGGGGGGUACUGGAAAGAUCUGCAAAUUUGGUGUAUACGGCUUGGUGCCGACGGUUCUACUGGAUUUAUGUCUUGCCGGAUAUCAUGGAUAUAGAAGUUGUACGAAGAAGAAGUUAAAUUUACCUGUACGAACCCACAAUGAUGAUAAUGAUAGCAGAGAAUUCGGUAUCAGCGAACCACCGCUGAAUGUAGAGACUAGAUCCAGACAAAGUCUAUCACCGUACCACAGAUGGAUGCCUUUUGUCUGUCUUGCGAUAUUACUUUCCUGUUUGUCAUUGACUCAUGCAAUAAUAAUAACCGAUGGUUUUCAUAAAACUUGCGACCAUUACAGGGCCAUACUGAUACAAGCUUUAAGUUUAACUGAACGCAAAGCCCAGGUUAUUCACGAUAGACUUUCCUGCGGAGCAAUCUUUGAUUUUAUAGAUUAUAUACGGCCGAACGAGACCACCUGGGCUCGCUCCAAACCGCCCGACACUGGUUUUGCUCUUCUAUUAGCUAUUGCUUCCACUUGGUAUAAUUUUAUUUCUUGGAUGAUCGCCUCCAUAUUAUACUUUAUCAUGGCGCGUAGGAAAUUGUGUUUCUUUUGAAAUUUAAUAACUUUCCAAUAUCGCGAAAUCCCGACCGAUUGGAUUUUAAGCGAUGCACGCGCACUCCUGUUCAUUCGUUGGCGAAAUAUCGAUAAAUAAUAUGAGAAAUAUAUAUAUUUUUAUUACAUUUUUACACAUAUAAAAAAAAAGUCGUGUCUAGUUUUUCUUAAUAUUAUGUGUCGACUAUCACAUUUUCCGAAACUGUGUUAAGUAAUAUAUGCAAUACUGCGAUGGAUACCUAUCGUUUGGUUUCACUUGUUUUUAUUUUAUGCACUCGUUCGAGUAGUAUUUUAAGUACAGUACAGUCUACUAAAGUCUGCUACAAUUUAAUAUGUGUAUAGUUUGUAAUCAUCUCCAUUUCCUUUUUUACAUAACGAAACAUUUUAUACAUUGUAUGG